GAUGAACCUGUGUUUGGUCAAAGAGCUUGGUGACCGAGCAGCUCAGGGGAGGGCCUACGGGAACCUGGGCAACACCCACUACCUGCUGGGUAACUUUGUUGAAGCUAUCAAGUUCCACCGUCAGCGGUUAUCCAUUGCCAAAGAAUUUGGGGACAAAGCUGCUGAACGGCGAGCCUACAGUAACCUGGGAAAUGCCCUGAUAUUCCUGGGACAGUUCAACACUGCCACCGAGUACUACAGGAAAACUCUGCAACUGUCCAGGCAACUUAGAGACCAGGUGAUGGAGGCUCAGGCCUGUUACAGUCUGGGAAACACCUACACGCUUUUGCAACAGUAUGAGAGGGCCAUAGACUACCACCUGAAACACCUGUACAUCGCCCAGGAGCUCACUGAUAGGGUUGGUGAGGGUCGUGCCUGCUGGAGUCUCGGAAAUGCGUACGUGUCAUUAGGGAACCACAAACAAGCCCUCCACUAUGCCCGGAAACACCUGGACAUCUCGAAAGAAAUUGGAGACAGAAAUGGGGAACUGACAGCCAGAAUGAAUGUGGAGCAGCUGAUGGAGGCCCUGGGGGUCAACGAGAGCGACCUCUCGCCUUCCAGUUCAGAGUUUGAGAUGCAAGGAGCAAGACCCAAAUUCACCAAGAGAAACAGCAUGGACAGCGUAGAGCUGUGGAAGUACUCCUCAGAUAAGAAUGGUGAGAACCAAGACUUGGAGAGCAUACCCAGGAGAUCCAAGAGUCAGCUGUCACAGCCCGGUAAGAGAAAAGGCUACUCUGACAGUCAGUCGUCAGAUGAAAGGCCGUGGUUGGACUCUCCCGUCGACACCGAUGACAUCACUGUGCAAGUCCCGCCUCCAGUGCCAAAGCUGGGCCGUGACCCCUCCGAUGAAGACUGCUUCUUCGACCUCCUUAGCAAGUUCCAGAGCAGCCGCAUGGAUGACCAGCGCUGCCAUCUUGAUGAGCCACAAAACGGGGACAACGGAGAAGGUGCCGCGAACUCCAUGCCGUCCCUGAACGAGAUGAUAGAUCCUGCAAUUACCACUUCCCCCCAGACCGAGGAGCUGUUUGAUUUGAUUGCCAGCUCUCAGAGUCGCCGUCUUGAUGACCAGCGUGUUAAUGUUGGGAACCUUCCAGGCCUGAGGAUCACCCACAACAACCUGGGACACCUGGUGGGUGAAGGAGAUCAUCAAGAACCCAGCGAUGAUUUCUUCAACAUGCUCAUCAAGUGUCAGUCCUCCAGGAUCGACGAUCAGAGGUGCUCCCCGCCAGAAGCUGGCCCUCAUGCCCCCACAGUGCCUGAUGAAGACUUCUUCAGUCUGAUCCAGAGGGUCCAGGCCAAGCGUAUGGACGAGCAACGCGUCCAGCUGCCCGACGACCAGGACAACCCUCAGUCCCCCGAUCCCGAGCCGCCCGGCGGAUUCUCCAGCUAGGACUCGAUGCGGCACAAGUUCUUGUCAAAGAAAAUAAAAAAGGCAAAGAAAAAAGGCAAGAAGGAUGAGCCAACAUUUAAAAAGACAGCACUAAAAGGGGUGAACUAACAAGAUGUGUGAUAACGAGAUAAAUUCCAUGUGCAAUAGGUGGUGCCCUGUUAAAUGUUGCUCCGUGUAUUAUGUUCUAAAUGUGUGUACAUAAAAUGGGAAAAUGAUUGGGGGGUUUGGAGAAGAAGAUCUACGUUCGGGGUGACAACAGAUAUGAAAUAAGUCCUCAAUCUAAUGCCUUAAUCAGCAUUUUUUUUCAGACUCAAGAUUGUAUUCCCUGUUGUCAGAUGUGUGUGCGUGGUUUUUUUUUUUUUUUAGAAGCACAUGAUGGGCGUACAGUAUAAUAUGAAGACCGACAGUAUGAGUAGUGGAACUCACAAAGAUUUAUUCAUAGAAACAGUGUUGAUGAAAACAAUAGAGAAAUGACAGAUUUGCACUGAAAUCUUAGCCAGUUUUAUAACGACAUGACUGAUGAAUUUUAGACAAAUUUAUUUCAAACUUCUCUGAUCAGUGCUGCUUUUAUCGUUCAAUUUUUGUGGCUCCCGCUUCCCGUUCACAGAGAGGUGGUGUUGUUUGUGUAUUGACAGUAUUAGGGUUGACCAACCAGUGUUAAACAAAACUGCUUUGGUCAGUUUCAACUCUUCGCUAAUUGAUCCUCCAUUUCUGUCAACUUAGUAACACGAUUAAAUUGAAAGACUGGUUGAAAUUUUCCACAUAAAUGUUAUUUAUAUUGCAUUUGUGCAUUUUUAAGAUGCAUCUCUUCACACAGUAUGCAGUGACCAGCGUUACUGAGCAAAUCUGAAUUAGCUGCUUCUUUUAUAGAGUCGAGACUAGAGUUGUGUGAAGUUGUGAGCUCCGGUUAGUGUUGCUGCUUGGCUUUUAAAUGUGACGCUGUCUUCUGCCCACAAUGUUCUGAACAUCUGAUAACAGACUACUGCUUACUGCCAUUAUUGUUACUUAACAUAGACAUAGAAGCGGACGGAUGGGUCAUAUUUUUGAGAAUCUAACACCAUGAACAACGCAGUGGUAUGUUGCCUCUUUGUGGUCAACACCUUGUAUUACCUCUGUGAGACACAGAGUGCGAUCUGUUGGGGAUAAAACGCAUUCCUGGUUCUUGAAUAUUUUAGGAAAACACAAUAAUAAUGACUUUGUGAUCCAGGUGUGACAGUUCUGACAGCUUUUAUCUGGCUCUACCGACAAAGUUUUGCAAACUUGUACCAUAAAUAUGGAGAUUUUCGCAAAUAAUUCCAUAAAGUUUAGAGUACAUCAUUAAACCCGGGUAGAGCCUAGUGUGCUUUUCUGUCAAUUUGUUGCUGUUAAAUUUAUUACGUGAGGUACGGACUGCAGAAAUUCCAUUUUUAAUUUGCUAAAAGCUUGAAAGCAAUUUGCUGUACAGAGAAUCUGUAUAAUGGUACAGAAAAUAUUUGAACUUACCUAGCGGCUUGCUUUUUAUUCUGAAGUAGUGCAUACCUCAUAUUUGUACCUCAAAGCUUCUGUGAACCUUUAGCUAUAUUGAGUUCUGAACCAGGAUGAAUCAAGUACCACAGUGGUUCGCUUUGAUUCAUCUCUCUUUGAUAAACAACACAUUGGGAGCUACAGUUAAUAUUUUCUUUUUCUGUUUUUUUUUUGUGAAUUAACAUUUUUAGAAAGUACUCGGUACGCUUCUAUUUGUCUUUGCCAUAAUUUGUACAUAUAAAUAUAUUUUGUAUUUAUGUUCCUUUUGAGGACAUGAAUAUGUCCCCUCAUGCUUUUAAUAAAAUGUUUCAGAUGUUUA